AUGAGGUUCUCUCAGACGGUUCUACUGAUUUGUGUGGCAAGAGCACAGGCCGUAUCAGUAUCGACCAUCCAAUCAGGACAGCCUAUCCGUGUGCCGAUAUAUGCGACAAAUGGCACAUUCACCAUCAAAGGGUCCAAAUCGACUCCGGGCGUCAUAGUGCUUGAUUAUGAAGCCAAUGUCGAGGGCUUUCCGACAUUUCAAGUCCUUUCUGCUAUCGGCGAUACAUCUGGUCUGGAGAUCACAUACAGCGAGUCUAAAGAAGUACUGGAUAACUACUACAUGAGUGAUGGACCUCUCGGAUUAGCGGCAGCUAUGGACACCUACAGAGUUAAUCAAUAUAACAUCAGUGGGCCGUUGGUACAUACAAACAGACUUAUCCAAGGAGGCUUUAGAUACCAAAAAUUCAACCUCUCGACAGCCGGCGAACUAGUUCUGGAGAAGGUUGGAGUGAAACCCUCAAUCCCAACCACGCCACUUGAUCGGCUGCCAGGACACUUCGAGUCAUCAGAUGAAGUUCUAAAUCGAAUAUGGACUGUGGGAGCGAGAACUGUUCAAUUGAAUGACAUUCCUGCGAACUCCGUACCUCCAUUUUGGCAGGUUUCGCUGGAAGGAGCCUUGGUUGAAAGCCAAGCACCUCAAGUGCUUUCGGCGGGUGGCAUAGCUGCUGCGUUGACUCAAUACCAGCUUGCGUUCGAAGUAAAACCAAUCGCAAAAGGAUUUGCAUUCACAGUACUUGCUGAUACUCUGAAUUCGGGAAUUUACAUCUUCUGCAAUAUUGCUAAUGGGUCGAUUUCAGCACACUUCGGAUCUACUGAGGACUCUCCUCAGAUUGCAUUUGCAACGCUUCCGCAGACUAUAGCCACUGGUGUCUGGCACAAAGUGCAAGUAAUGGCCAACAUGACUAACAUUGCCGUCGCUAUCCAAGAGGUCCCAGUUUUCCAGUUCUCGCAGACUUCAUCUUUUUUUGGGUCAUUCGGAUUCGGUGCACCGCUCGGCCACUCAGCUGUUUUCCGCAAUUUGUCUGCGACAAACUUGUCAGGAGAACUAAUUUAUUCAGCUUCCUUGACGGAUGAUACUUUCAUUUCUGAUUUCCUUGUCGGUACAAAUCCACGGGAUACCACGGUCGACGGCUCGAAACGCGAUCGGAUUGCGUAUGCCGGUGAUCUUGAUAUCGCAUUGGUAUCUUCACUGGCAAGCACAAACAGUAUCAGCUAUGUUCAAGGCACGCUGGAUCUUAUUGGUUCUUACCAGCUGACUCCAGGAUUUUUCGCACCCACUGCAAAAAUUCAACAGGAACCGCUUUCUACACCCAUUAACGUCAACCAAACCGGCCUGAUUGGUUACUCAUUCAACCUUCUUACCGCUGUUGCAGGGUUUUACAAGCGUACUGGCGACGACAAACUACCAAAGGAGUGGGCACCAAGAGCUAUGCGCAUGCUAGACUGGGCAAAUUCUCAAGUUCUUCCUGAAAAUGGAUUACUGAACAUCAGCAACGCUGCUUUUGGCGGUGAUUGGAACUAUUAUGAUGCGCCACAGAGUGGUGUUGUCUCCAAAUUCAACAUGGUCUACGCAUACGCUCUCCAAGAAUGCAUUACUCUACUCGCCGACGGUGGCAUCGACACAGAGCCAUACCUCUCGCGACUGGAAGCCUUGCGGAUAGCUAUUGACAAAAACCUUUGGUCGAAUGAGCUAAACGCAUACUAUGUUUCCGACACUAUCAGAGACGGCUUCGGACAAGACUCGAACGCUUUGGCCAUUCUUGCUGGAGUGAAUAAGAAUAACCAUACUUCAUCGAUGAUUCUGAAGAGCCUCAAACAGCUGUCCACACCUGUCGGUUACUUUGCUUUCUCGCAAGCAGUCACUGCAUCCGGUUUUGCAAAAUACAUCAGUCCCUAUGCAUCGGCUUAUCAUCUGCGGGCAGCAUUUCAGAGCAAAGAUAGCGAGUCUGCUCUGAAUCUUCUGAAAAGCCUGUGGGCACCAAUGACUGACCCUAAAGGCCCAUAUUACACCGGGUGUUUCUGGGAAACGCUGAACGCCACAGGUAUGCCCGCAUUUGGAAGAACAACUAGUCUGUGCCAUGGGUGGGCUGCAGGUCCGACUGGAGAGCUUAGUGGACACGUCUUAGGAGUGAGCGCCGUAAAACCGGGCUACAAGGAAUGGAAGAUUGCUCCAAUGACACUUGGGCUGGAUUGGGCGAGGGGAAAAUUGCCUGUACCGGGGGGUGAGAUUUUCGUGGCUUGGAAUGCUACUGGUAACGUAAUAAAGAGGCUAGAGGUGGAGAGCCCAAGCGGAAGUUUGGGUACAGUGAUUGUCCCCCUAUCAGACGGGAAUGGGUCGACAAGAGGAAUCUUCGACGUUAAUGGCCAGAAAGUAGACGGAAACGGAACAUUUCAUGUUGCAGGAGGUAAGACCUUUAUCUUGACAUAUAUUAUUUAA